AUGAUACUUGCGAUGGGCCCCGUCUUCACGUUUCUUGCGCUCUCUAGCACUCUUUUCGUUGCCAUCGGCUCGGCCGCCCCUGCCAACCAGAACGAGCGUGAAGACCCUGGGGUAUGCGAAACGGUCACCACUGUUGUCUGGACAACGGUCGACGUGGCCACUACCAUCUACCCUGCUCUGAAAGAUACGGUUAUCACUGGUACUGUCGCCGUGGUCAGUGCUGGGUCAACCUUAACUACACCCCCUGGUCCUGGGCAGGCCGAAACCACCGAGUCGCAGCCCACCCAGCUUGCAGCCACUGUUGUAUCUAACCCAGUCGUCGCCGCUGCUGUUCAUGCCGCCGCUGGAGAGCGCUGGACUAUCCAGGCACCUCAGCCUCCAAGCACCGCGUCUCCUUCCGCGUAUACUACUCAGACUGCCCAGCCAACCCAGCAAACGUCUAGCCGCAGCUCUGAUACAACUUCCGGCAGUGGAAGUAGCGGUGUCUGCUCCAAGGACUCCCCCUGCUUUGGCCAGCUAACUUUCUACGACACUGCGACCUCCCCAAGUGCCCCCAGCAGCUGUGGCCUGACCAACGACGGAUUUACUGAGGACGUGCUAGCCCUUCCCGUGGGCAUCAUGACCAACGCUGACUGCGGCAAGACGGUGACCGUCACAUACAACGGCGUUACCAAGACCGGUACCGUAGUGGACAAGUGCAUGGGUUGCAAGCCCACCGAUCUCGACGCGUCCCGGCACUUGUUCGGCGAGCUGGCCGGUUUCGGUGCGGGCCGUCUCUACGGUGUGUCAUGGUACAUCAACUGA